GAGCCCAAACGCAGCCGUGAGCUCCGCGAGCCGACGUAGUUCGUGAAUAAAAACUGGAAACGCUUGCCCCGGCUUCCGCAUCGCGCCACGUGGGACCAAAACUGUUCAUUUACCUCUUUUCUGAUUUUCGAGGCCCAGAGGAACGAAGAGACUGAAGUCUUGCUAAAAAACCUGGACCUACUGCACAUAACCUCGUCAUGCGGUGACAGAUAUGAAGAGGAUGACUUCUUAGGCAAGAAUACUCCUGCCACUGUCCGGGACGUGCUGUACAGUCUCUUCAGUGCCUAUGACAAGAAGGAAGCACAGAAGACGUUAAAAAAUGUCUGGCCAGUACAGCUUGGAGAGUCCGACAAAGGAUUUCGUGAAGCGAUUCUUUCCUGGAUCUCAACACUGAAAGAGAACCAUGCUGGUGCUUUCUUCCUUCAAGAAUUGAACUCGCGUGUCCUGCUGCAGACAGGAACACCACGGCGCUCAAUGUUCCUGACUGAGCUGUCCACGUUAGUGCUAGAAAACACACUAAAGGAUGAGGUAGACCUGACUGGGGAUGCUGUGCCUCUUUGCACAUUCAACUUUUCCACACGGAAAAAUGCCUGCACAUCUAUUGCUUUGCAAGCAGAGCAAAGAUCAAUUGAAGAAGAAUGUGUGGAGAUUGAAGGCUUGUUAGAAAAGUUGGCAUCAUUUUCAAAUACACAGCUGCAAAAGUCGAGUCUUCUAUUAGAAAAUGAAACGCCUGAUGAUGGGCCUACUAAAGAGCUGGAGAUGAUCGAUGAUGAACAAACCAUGUGGGAUGAAGUGGUUACGACUAGAAUGCAGCAAGUUGGAGAAUGGCUUGCACAGCGGGAUGGGGUCAUUGCAAUUGAUCUGAUUAGUGAAUUGGAGAAGUGCCUUGAGCUUAGCAAGCAGUUCCUUGAAGGAUACGACCAGAAAGCACAUGGAGAUUGGCACGACAGUGAAGAACAGGCAAGUAAGCAUGUGGAUUCUAUCAUGAAGUCCCUGGAACGAAUUCAUGCACAGAGAGAAACACUGGAGGAGAUUCAUGCAGACAUCAACAAAUGCUGCUGGGAUGAGGCCUGCAAGAGCAUUGAUUCGGGAACAGCUAACAAGCCUUUGGAGGUACAGACUGGUUUCACCGGGGCACCAGUCAGUGUGGAAAACUUGACUGGCCAGCCUGCAGAUACCUUGAUGUGCAGCAACACUCUUCAGGAAGAGAUAUCAGAUCUGUGCAAGCUAUUCGAGAAGAUGUGUAUACAGAGUAGUUAGUAGCCAGCACAAAGGAAAGAAUACAGAUACA